AUGGAGGCCCCCGGCUCGGGUCCCGCGCCCCCUGGGGUUCAAGUCACCCGGGAGCGGGUGUUGGCGCCUCCCGACAGGUUUCUUUCGCUCUCUGACGACGUGCUGCUGGAGUCGUUCCAAGGCGAGCCUUGCACCGGCCUGCUGGGCUGCGAGGGCGAGCGCGGCGCCCACCUGGCCGCUCUCUACUCGCUCCUGGAGGGCGUGUGCCAGCAUGAGUUCCUGAACCAGAGGCGGAGGCUGGAGGCAGACUUUGCGCUGUUCAGCGGCAGGGGGGGCGCACACGUGGGCGCCGCCUCUGCCGGCAAGCCCAAAGGCAUGGCGCCCCGCCUGCGGCGGCUGAGCAGCAUCGAGGCGCACGAGCGUCGCUUCCUGCUGGACUUCAUGCAGGCCAUGCACUCCAGCCACUACAGGCUGCUGGGGCAGGCCGAGUGGGAGGCAGCACAAGCGGAGGCCUUCCUCUUCACCCUGCCCGUGUCUGUUGACUGGAGCGCCCUGGACAAGCGCAUGCUGCAGCGCUUCUGGGGCGACGCCAGCGAGCAGCGCCAGCAGCUGCCCGACCUGUCAGACCGCAUCCUCAUCUUCUGCCGCGGCUUCGAGCCGGCCCGGAUGCGCGGCCGCUACCUGAUGCAGAAGGUGGAGCUGCUGCUGUCCUUCUGCCUGCUGGCGCCCCUGUGGGCAGCCCUGGAGAGGGCGCUGCAGCUGCUGGGCCUGAAGGCACCCCCGACGCCCCCCACCGCCCGCCCCGCCCCCCACCAGCACCCCGACAUCUCUUUCAAGUCGGUGGGCACCGCGGCCCAGGUGGCGUGCAGGUGGCGGCGGGCGGCUCAGGGGGGCCUGGAGCGGGACGAGAGCCUGAUGCACGACGCCUGCACCAUCAUCGAGCGCAAGACCAUGAGCAGGUGGGGGCACUUCCCCAACGGCCGCGCCGUGCUGUCUCGCUUCUUCGACGUCGUCGAGCUGCAGGAGGCCUGCUUCCGCGACGUGGUGGUGCUGUUCAGGCGCAAGGUGGCCAAGGAGGCGGGGGGGGAGGGGGAGAAGGAGGUGCUGCACCAGGAGGCGGACCCCGCGGUGGCGGCCAGGAACAUACACAUCAAGCAGUUCACCGGCAUCCCGCUGGCAGACCUGGCAAGUGGGAUGACGCCGCCUGCGUGCCUGCCGGCCUGCUGGGAGAUGGUGAUGCCGGAGAAGAAGGUGUUUGUGCCCCCCAGCGUCUUUGUGCAGCUGGUGGUGGCGGCGGUGGUGGCGCUGGUGGGCCUGCUGGCCACCUUCUUGCAGGCGCAGCUGGACUGGAAGGUGUGGGCGUCGGCGCUGGGCCUGCUGGCCUCCCGCGCCAGCUCAGCCUACCUGCAGGCCGCCAGCGAGCGCAGCGAGAUUGAGCGGGAGAUGCACAGGCUGCUGGCCAACCGCACGGUGGCCAGCCAGGAGGCGGUGCUGCACACUCUGACAGACGAGAUGCAGCACAUCCGCGAGUGCUUCCUCUGCUACUGCUGCCUGCUGCACGCCGGCAAGGACCUGCGAGAUGACGACCUGGACACCCGGUGCGAGCGCCUCCUGCGCAGCCGUUUUGCCCUGAGGCUGGACUUCACCGCGGAGAACGCGAUACCUGCACUGUGCGGCUGGGGCCUGGUGGAGCGGCAGCCCUGUGGGCGCCUGCGAGCGGCGGCGCUGCCCCAGGCACUGCUCAGGCUGGACCGAGUGUGGGACUCCAUCUUCGACUUUGCGAGGCCCGGCGCCGCGGGCGGCACUGUGGGCGGCACGGCCAGUGGCAGCGGCGACCCGCGGCAGGGCGAGGGCCAGGGCCAGCGCACGCCUGGGAUGGAGGAAGCCGGGGGUAGCACGAUUGCCUGCGGCGGUGCCAGCGACCGGGACGGCAGCCGGCCAGCAAGCGCUGAGGAGCCGCUUCGCUGCAUCAGCGCUGGUCACGACAGCAUCGGCGCUUGUGUGGCACAGGGACAGGCACAGGCGGUACCGCUGGGCUGCGCUGAGGAGACCUGCUUCGCGGCGGAAGUCCUGACUCCUGGUGCAACUGCCACAGCUGCUGACAUCCAGCCCCCUGCAACGGCUGGGGGCGCGGCGGGCGAUGCAGAGCUGGGGCUGCCCCCUGGUAGCAAUGGCGCCGCGCUGCUGGCGGGGCCAACUGAAGUGGAGGGUGGAGCCUUGCCAGCGCCAGCUGCGCAAGGGGAGGCAGAGGCGUGCGGCGAGGGCACCGACGGCCCGCCCAGCCUGUCGGCGGAGAGCAGCAGCAGCAGCCUGGAGUAUGUGACACUGCGGGGCCCGCCUCCCGCUGCUGCGGCCAGGCCUGACUUCAAGCGCUCACCCUCAGCCAGGCUCUCCCCGGCCCACCUGCGCCGCCUGGACAGCCUGCGGCGGCAGCGGGCAGGGCAGGAGGCGGGGGUGGCGCGUGGGUGCCCGCCCGCCUCCCCGCCUCUGGCUGCCAUGGACGGGCAGCUCGCGGGCAGGCAGCAGGGCGGCGAGCUGGGCCAGCAGGGUCAGGAGGACCGCAUAGCAGUGCAGCGCAGCCUGGGCAGCAGCAGGGCCUGUGAUGUGAGGGCGGGGAGCACCAAGCGGGCUGUGGCAGCGGGAGUCGGCAGGCCCGGGAGUGCUGGGGUGCGGCGCCCCUCAUCCCGCUGCUAG